AUGCCUCGUGGACUCAACGCCGCGCGCAAGCUGCGCCUUAACCGCAAGGACCAGAAGUGGGCCGAUCUUGGAUACAAGAAGCGUGCUCUGGGUACCGCCUUCAAGUCCUCUCCCUUCGGUGGUUCCUCCCACGCCAAGGGCAUCGUCCUCGAGAAGGUCGGUGUCGAGGCCAAGCAGCCCAACUCCGCUAUCCGAAAGUGCGUUCGUGUUCAGUUGAUCAAGAACGGCAAGAAGGUCACUGCUUUCGUCCCCAACGACGGUUGCUUGAACUUCGUUGACGAGAACGACGAGGUCCUCCUGGCUGGUUUCGGUCGCAAGGGCAAGGCCAAGGGUGAUAUUCCCGGUGUUCGUUUCAAGGUCGUCAAGGUCUCUGGUGUCGGUCUGCUCGCCCUGUGGAAGGAGAAGAAGGAGAAGCCCAGAUCUUAA